AUGUCUUUUAGGCGUAUGUGAUAGAUAAACGGCUGCGUCAUCACUGAGUGUAAUACGGCGCAUCAUCAUGUCAAGGAAACAGUCAGGAAAGCCCAUAAAGGGAAACAGGAAGUAUGAAUUAGAGAGGAAGAGAGACGAGCGGGCGGCCCGUCGGGCUCUGGCCAAAGACAAAAAGAACAAACCUCCAGGAGGGGAAGAUGGAGAGGAGUUUGUCAGCUUCUCCAACCAGCUUCAGGCUCUGGGUCUCAAACUCCGAGAGGUGCCUGGAGACGGUAACUGUUUGUUCCGAGCUCUCGGAGAUCAGCUGGAGGGACAUUCGCGGGGUCACCUGCAUCUGCGACAGGAGACAGUGCAGUACAUGACGACGCACAGGCAGGACUUCGAGCCCUUCGUUGAAGAUGAAGUGCCGUUCACACAGCAUUUGUCAAACCUCUCCCAGCCGGGCAUGUUUGCCGGGAACGACGCCAUCGUGGCCUUCGCUCGCAGCCAACAGUCGAAAGUGGUUAUUCAUCAGCUGAACGCUCCAUUGUGGGAGAUAAAUGGUACAGAGAAGCCGUCAUGCCGUGAGCUACACAUCGCAUAUCGCUAUGGAGACCAUUAUGACAGCGUCCGAAAGAUUGGAGACAACUCGGAGAGUCCAGCACAUCUACGUAUAGAGAGUCUGAAUAAUUCCAGACGCUUUGGAGAGGCUCAGAAGGAUAAGUCGAGAGGUGCCUCUCCCUCGCGCUCUCUCUCUGAAGAUGAAGAGCUGAUCUUGAGCGAUAUCUGUGCCGACAGUCAAUCAGACAAUCUAAGUCAAUCAAAUGAUGCGUCACAGAUGUGCCUCAGUGAUUGGCUGGAGUCUGAACAGAACAACCAAUCAUCACAGAGAGAUUCGGCUUCAGGGACACACCCUCUAUGUCAAGGCAUGCAGGCUGAAUGUAGUGAAAUCAUAUCGCCAACAGAGGGCAGCAUCUCACAUAAACCCAAGGUCUCUAAUAAACAAAGGAAAGAGCAACAGCGUCUAGAAAAGAAGAAACGCCAAGAGGAGAGACAUAAACAGAAGGUUUUACAGGGCAAAGGGUCACAUGACCAGAAUCAGAACGGACCUGAAGCCGUCACUCUUGUCCCAGCGCUCAACACCCUGAGCAUCUAGAACAAAUAUGAACCCUGAUCAGUGUUGCUCGGUUUUGGGUGGUCCGUACACUGUGUAAUGAACCAGAAACUUUAAUAGUUUAAAUGUACAGGAACUGUGAUGUGUGAUUGAGCGCGUGUUUCUUUAGCAUGAAGAUGGCAUUGAGAUACGUUGUGCUUGAGAUCGUUGGCG